CGCCCAGGAGGAGCUGGGCACCGCACCUCGCCUGCCUUCUCCGCACAGAGGGGCCCGUCCGAGGAGUCCGUCCGGGCACGGUCCCAGUUCUGUGUAAAGAAAAUUACAGACCACAGAUAUGGGAAAGAAACGCACCAAAGGCAAAAUCAUGCAGGCUGAUGAGUCUCUGGAUAUGCUGGAACCUGUGUGCAAGCAUAUCCGUAAAGGAUUGGAACAAAGCCAUCUGAAAAAGGCACUGCUGAAUGUGGAAUGGCAUGUUUGUCAGGACUGCAAGACGGAUGAUAAGACACGAGAGAAAUCUGAGGAGACUGAUGAAGGCCCUUCCAUAUGGUUGUGUUUAAAAUGUGGCCACAGGGGCUGUGGCAGAAAUUCUCAAGAACAGCAUGCUUUAAAGCAUUAUACAACGCCAAGAUCAGACCCCCAUUGUUUGGUUCUCAGUUUGGACAACUGGAGCGUGUGGUGCUACAUGUGUGAUAAUGAAGUUCCAUAUAAUACUUCAACUCGAUUGGGCCAGACUGUGGAUUUUGUUAGAAAACAAGUUUGCAUUGACACAUCACGUACAGUAAAAAAACAACAGGAAAACAAAGAACUUGAAAAUAAAAAAACAAUAAAAGACAGCAGAAAUGAGCAAGAAAAAGAGGUCUCGCUCAAAGAAGAGAAUUCUCACUCAAGUAGCAAUUCAGAAGUGACUGUGAAAGGACUUAGUAACUUGGGGAAUACAUGUUUCUUUAAUGCAGUUAUGCAGAAUUUAUCACAAACUCCAGUCUUGAGGGAGCUGCUUAAAGAAGCCAAAACAUCUGGCACAACAGUUAAAAUAGAACUACCCGAGUUCUCCAUGGAACCUCAACUGAUAAAUCUAGAUCAACCAGGUCCUUUGACAUUAGCCAUGUAUCAGUUCCUAACAGAAAUGCAAGAGACAAAAAAAGGGGUAGUCACUCCUAAAGAACUUUUUGCUCAGGUUUGUAAAAAAGCAAUACGAUUUAAAGGCUAUCAGCAGCAAGACAGUCAGGAAUUGCUUCGUUACUUACUUGAUGGAAUGAGAACAGAAGAAAUCCAACGAGUAAGUGCUGGAAUACUGAAGGCGCUGACAGACUCUAACAAACAAAAUGAAGAAGAACUUAAAAAGAAAAUUAAAGAAUAUGAAAAGAAAAAGGGAAUACAAAGCUUUGUAGAUCGAAUAUUUGGUGGAGAAUUAACCAGUAUGAUUAUGUGCGAGGAAUGCAGAACUGUAUCCUUGGUCCAUGAGUCUUUCCUUGAUUUGUCGCUUCCGGUACUAGAUGAUCAGAAAUUAAAAAAUAUAAAUGAGAGAAAUGCUAAGAAAAACAAAGAAAAGGAGUCUGAAGAUGAUGAAGAAGAUAAAAACAGUAACUGUUAUGUUAAACAGAGAGAUGAGCUCCCGGGUACAAGCAAGCACCUUCAGAAAAAGGCAAAGAAACAGGCCAAAAAACAAGCCAAGAACCAGCGCCGUCAGCAAAAACUUCAAGGAAAGGUACUUCACUUGACAGAUAUCUGUGCUAUUGAACAACCAGAAGAAGAUCUAGAGUAUAAUCAGGAAAUAAAGGCAGAAGUUUACUCUGAAUUACCUGACCUGAAGCAAGAAGAAUCAGCAAAUGAUUGCAAAGAUCACUGCUUAAUGCAAAAAGACUUAAGUAUACAGGGGAACAGUGCAGAUAUUCAGAGCCUGCAUGAAAAUACAGGAAAGCUGGAACAAGAACAUGUGGAAAAUGAAUCUCACACAGAUCUCCCUGUGGAAGACUUGGGUUCUCCUGUAAAGUUUGUCAAUGGCCUUGACAACCUGUCCUUGAAAGAUGAUGAUGAUGAUGAAGAGGAGGAGGAGGAGCUUGCUACAGACUUUUCAAGACUACGCUUGUGUGCCAAUACUGAAUCUGAUAAAAGUAUUUCAGAUGACCUUCAGACUGUUUCAACAAAGAUUCAUGAAGUGGUGACUGAAGAUCCAGAAACAGCAUUUUGUACUCUAGCAAACAGGGAAGACCUGAACCUAGAAGAAAGUUCAAUCCAUCACUGUUUAUAUCAAUUUACCCGUAAUGAAAAGCUUAGUGAGACUAAUAAACUACUCUGUGAUGUAUGUACACAAAGACAUUGUGGACCAAAGAAGAAUUUAAAAAGUGAAAAGAAGUAUAUUUAUACCAAUGCCAAAAAACAAAUGCUUAUUUCUCUUGCUCCUCCAAUUUUAACUCUUCACUUGAAGAGAUUUCAACAGGCUGGAUUUAAUCUACGAAAAGUUAACAGGCAUAUCAAGUUUCCUGAAGUGCUAGACUUGGCUCCUUUCUGUUCAGUUAAAUGUAAAAAUGUGGCUGAAGGGAAUACGAAAGUAUUGUACUGUCUCUAUGGAGUUGUUGAACAUAGCGGCACAAUGAGAUCUGGACACUACACUGCUUAUGCCAAAAUGAGAAAUAUGAACAAUCAUCUUUCUGACCUUGUCCUUCGAGGAGAAUCUACUCAAGCUCUAGAAACAGAACCAGUAAAAGGACAAUGGUUCCAUAUUAGUGAUACCCAUGUACAAGCUGUGUCUGUGUCAAAAGUGCUGAGCUCACAAGCGUACCUCCUGUUCUAUGAGCGACUGCUGUAACUCACCCGAGAAGCCGCCUUCUAUGUGCAACCAUGUUUAAGCUGGCUAAAGAAGGAAUGGACUUGCAAAUCAUGUUGUUACACCUGGGAGCUACUGUCUACAACUGCAGGAAUAUGCUUAUGCUUCUUAGAUACACUGACAAAUUAAAGGAUUAACUUAUACUUUUUCCAGUGUUUUCACUACUUUUAAAUAAAAGUCUUUUUUCAAAAUUA